GACCUGCUAAACGCAUGAGCGAUGUCCGUGAAUCCGAACGUCCAGUGUUAUCCGUUUACUUCAGUGCUGAUAGCGACCAAUAGAUGAGUGAGAACUUUGAAGCGUCUGCUGACCUAGGCAGGUUUUUCUUGUAUAUAUAGGCGGCUUUGUCAAAGCCCUGAGGGCAUCCUUCCCGUGUUUCCACAAUACUUCAAACUUGUAGACCGGUGGUUUCUACUGUUUGCAAACUCGUUGGCAGCUUUUUGACACGAGUCGCAUUUGGCUUUUUCGUCCCUUCCGUUCUUAUCUCUCCCGACGACUCCCACUUACCUUAUCGAAACUCAUUAUCAUCAUGGCGACGUUCGGAAAAGCAACGUUCGACGCUGCUAUAUAUGCGUCGUUUAGACCGACGUAUCCGCGUUCGCUGUUUGACUUUAUCUUCCGCUAUCACGAAGGUGCGAAAGGCGCGAGAUGGGACAGGGCUGUUGAUUUGGGGUGUGGAACUGGCCAAGCAACCGUCGAGCUGACGCCGUUCAAGAAAGUCACGGGUGUAGAUCCGAGUGCGGGUAUGAUCGCGAGCGCGCGCGAGGCGCUCGAAGCGCAGCACAUCUCGACCGGGCAGUUCGAUUACGUGCAGUCUGGAGCGGAGAAGCUCGGUUUUUUGGAAGACGGGAGUGUGGACCUGAUGAUCGCCGCGCAAGCAGGUCAUUGGUUUGAUUGGUCAAAGAUGUGGCCCGAGGCUGCGCGUGUGUUGAGGAAAGGCGGAAGUGCUGCUUUUUGGAUAUACUCAGAAUUUAGGUUCUCUCAAUACCCAGCCUUGACGCCGCUCAUCAACCAGUACGCUCAAGGUAGCGACCCUGUCAACUCGCUGGGACCGCAUUGGCAGCAGCCGGGACGGUCGAUCCUCGAGAACCACCUCGUUGAGGUGCCCGAAGCGAAUGCUGUCGUACCGGGCCAAUUCUGCGACUUUGAGCGCGUGUUCUUCACCGGCUCACACUACCCCGAGCUCGCCUCUCCACGCUCAGUCAUCCUGCGCAAGAAGAUGAGCUGGGACGACCUGCUGUCAUAUCUCCACACAUGGAGCUCUCUGCACACCUUCCACGAGCGGAACCCGGAGGAUAAGCAGCGCCCGGAAGGCGAUAUUGCGCUUCGGUUCUGGAGGUCUCUUAUGGAGCAUGCGCAGAAGGAGGAGGGGACGGAGGUGCAGGGGAAGGACGAGGUGGAGAUCGAGUGGCCGUUGGCUGUGAUGAUGGUGAAGAAGGCGUAGGAGGUUCAAGGUUGGCUUGUCGUGCAUAUGUUGUCGUUCUAUAUGGGCUUAUACAGUUAUUAUUCGUCAAAGUGUCAUAUCGAUGCAUCCGUAAGUUGUUGUCGCUCUCACCACCAUUUUCUGGCGAAGUUCACUCGCAAAAAAAAACCCCAAAAGUUUUCUAUACAUAAUGUGUUCUACUAGUUACAAAAUUGCUUUUUUGUAUACUAACUUGGGGACAUAUUUAUGGCUUUUGAGUCCCUACGACAAAGUCCCCACCUCAUCUUUGGUGAGGAUUCUUGCGUCC